AUGGCUUCGACGAUGCUUUCGUUAGCCUCUGUGUCUCCCUCAGCUUCACUCUCUACGCAUGAGACUCCCAAGGGGAAGGUGAAGCUUGGGAGUUCCUUUUUGAGCUUGAACAAGGAAAGGAACAAUCUAUUUGCGAAGACAGAGUCUUUUGGUCGGAUAUCUAUGGUAGCUGCUGUGAAUGUUUCUAAAUUUGAGGGCGUAACUAUGGCCCCACCUGAUCCAAUUCUUGGAGUUUCCGAAGCAUUCAAAGCUAGCACAAAUCAGUCAAAGCUCAACCUUGGAGUUGGGGCAUAUCGAACAGAAGAGCUUCAGCCAUACGUGCUUGAUGUUGUUAAGAAGGCAGAGAAUCUUAUGAUUGAAAGGGGAGAAAACAAAGAGUACCUCCCAAUAGAAGGUUUGGCAGCAUUCAAUAAGGUCACUGCGGAGUUAUUAUUUGGAGCAGACAACCCAGUAAUAAAGCAACAAAAAGUAGCAACUGUUCAAGGUCUAUCAGGAACUGGUUCUCUUCGUCUUGCUGCAGCUCUUAUUGAACGAUAUUUUCCUGGGGCCAAGGUUUUAAUAUCAUCUCCAACCUGGGGUAACCACAAGAAUAUUUUUAAUGACUCUAGAGUUCCAUGGUCAGAGUACCGAUAUUAUGAUCCAAAAACAGUUGGUUUGGAUUUUGAGGGGAUGGUAUCCGACAUAAAGGCAGCACCUGAAGGAUCUUUUGUGUUGCUUCAUGGCUGUGCUCACAACCCUACCGGCAUAGAUCCAACCCCUGACCAGUGGGAAAAAAUUGCUGAUGUCAUUCAAGAAAAAAACCAUAUCCCCUUUUUCGAUGUUGCAUACCAGGGAUUUGCUAGUGGAAGCUUGGAUACUGAUGCAGCGUCUGUCAGAUUGUUUGCUGCACGUGGUUUAGAGUUAUUGGUUGCUCAGUCAUACAGUAAAAACCUUGGUCUUUAUGCAGAAAGAAUUGGAGCAAUCAAUGUUGUGUGCACAUCAUCUGAUACAGCAACAAGGGUAAAGAGCCAACUGAAGAGGAUUGCUCGACCUAUGUACUCAAAUCCUCCAGUUCAUGGGGCUAGAAUUGUGGCCAAUGUAGUUGGAGAUCCAACACUUUUCAGUGAAUGGAAAGCAGAGAUGGAGAUGAUGGCUGGAAGGAUAAAGAACGUGAGACAAAAACUAUACGAUAACUUGACUGCAAAGGAUAAGAGUGGAAAGGAUUGGUCAUUCAUACUUAAGCAGAUUGGCAUGUUUUCUUUCACAGGCUUGAACAAGGCUCAGACCGAGAACAUGACAAACAAGUGGCAUGUAUACAUGACAAAGGAUGGAAGAAUUUCCCUGGCAGGAUUAUCUUUAGCGAAAUGUGAAUACCUAUCAGAUGCAAUCAUCGACUCGUACCACAAUGUUAGUUGA